GGUUAAGAAAUAUUAAACCCAGAAACCAAGGCCAGUGAACUUGAAUGGAGUAAAUUGUAUUCUUCUAGUCUAGGCGGCUUAAGAUUGUGAAGGCCCGAAGGCUGUAGUUUUAUGUGCCUGUUUACAUAGCUGAUCACACUCAUCUGAAGUGCACUGUUAGGAGAAGGCUGAAUUAUACACGUUUAAGGAUUGCUUGAGAUAAAGAUAGUUUAAGGCCUGGUAUUUGAGGACAAACAUUGUGGAUUAAAUAGUUGUACAUGUCACAUGGUUGAAAUGUGUGUGCGUGUGUGUGAAAUGUAUUGCACAGGAUAGUGGAUGAUAUUUUUGUCUUAUUGUUUACUUCCUGGAGUACGCCAGCUGUUUAGUUCUUUAAUGAUUUGACUAUAAACUUUUAAAGCAACAAAUUCAACAAACUAAAGGCAUCCUGACCAAGACAGUGAAAGAAUGGGAGGUCUUGUUUCAUAUCUCAUGAGCUGGGCGGCUCCAGCAGCACCACAGUACGACGCCACCCCAGACCCAACGACAGGCUUGACAAAGAGAGAAAAAGAGCUUAUCAUUCAGACCUGGGCGCCGAUAGCCGAUAGAAGCAAAGUGAAAGAGAACGGCUUGGAAUUUUUCAUUCAACUUUUCUUGGCCUACCCUUACAUGCAAAACUACUUCUCGCUCUUCAAGGGCAAGUCCAUAGAGGAAUUACGCACCAGCGCAAAGUUGAAAGCGCACGCCACCAGUGUGAUGUACGCCCUGACUUCGUAUGUGGAGAAUGUGGAAGAUUCCGAAAACUUGGUCGGCCUCGUGCAAAAGAUUGCAGUGUCACACAUUGGAAGGGGGAUAACUGUGGAAGACUUUGAAAAGCUCAAAACUGUUUUUCUCAAGUUUUUGAUGUCCGGUCUUGGGGACCGGGCCACACCCGAAGUAGAAACAGCCUGGACAAAGCUGCUGACCGCCCACAAUGCCGUGUACAAGAUGACCGCUGAUGAAAUCGCUUCCAAGGGCAAUAACUGAAGAAAAAGCUCAUGCGUUAUUCCCCUCCCAAAAGAUUUAGCAAGACAGAUAAAAUUGUAGUCGACAAAUCGUAAAUGCGACCACAAUGUGAAUGAUAUUGAAAAUGUGUGUGAACAUUUGUUUUGAAUAAGAAUGUGUGUAGAGAAGCUGUACACAAAUGAAUAUCGUGGUGAACUCUAUUAUAUUGUUUGUAUUACAGUGUAUUACAGUGUUUGUGUGAAAUAAUACAA